UUCCCCCCACCACUCCCCUCCCCACCCCCGCCCCGAGAGUUCCUGGGACUCUCCUUGGGCCAAGGGCGAGAAAGUAUCUCUCUAGGAACAUUGGUGUGACAGCGACUGCCCCAGAGAGACAAGGCCGGAGCGAGCCGGAGAAGCCCCCAUCCCGAUGUGGGCCGAAGUUGGUCCCGGAACAGGGUGCAAGGAGCGUGGGGACGCUGGGAGGUCUCCGGGCCCAGUUAGGCGUCGCACCGCGGCAGGCAGGUUGCCCUGGUAACCGCGGCUGCGGAGGUGCGAGCUCUUGAACCAGCUAAUCAGUGGGACCCUGAAGGCGGUCUGUUCCCCCGGGAGUUGCCCGAGGCCUUGGUUUAGUGGACCCACUCUCUUGAAGGUCAUGGAAUCAUCACCAAAAGGUUUGCUUACCCAAGUGACCCAACUGUGGAACCUCCUAGACGACCUGGCUGAAAGUGACCCUGAAGGUUAUGGGAAGUUUAUUCAGCAUCAGCUGAAAGAAGGGGAGAAAUACUGUGCUGCCCCAGAGCCACAGCUCUGUCUGCAGACCAAGAUCUUGAAACCAGAAGAAAAAGUACUAUUCAUCAACCUAGGUCAGUGGACGAGGAUCCCAGCACCUCAGUCAAAGGCAGAGCCUGUACCUUUGAGUGUUGGCAAGCCAGAAGAUGUAUCUGAGACAUCAGAAUCAUACACAGUUAUUGAUGUUGCAUACAACCCUGAUGUUCUCAAGGCAGCAAAAGAUGAUGAAAUGGAAAUGGAUCAACUGAUUCGCCUAGCAAUGAAAUGCAUUGAGGAUCGAUACCAAUUUACUCUUUCCCAGUCCUAUCACAUUACAAAUACCAGGAAGAAAGGAAGCCUCCAAAGGAUGAAAAAUAAUUUUAUGGGAAUUGAAACUGAUUCAACAGAUUUAAGUGAGAAAAUGAAGAAAGAGCUAACACUUGAACAGUUGAGAAACAGUGGUAUAAACAACCAAGAUGACAUUCCACAACUUUUGCUGCCAAAGGACCAUAUUCCAAGCAAACAAAGGUGUCUAAUUGAGGAAAUUUCCAGUAGUGAGCUCCAAGUUGGGCUGAAGACUCCUAACUAUAAACUGAUAGUUGUGAAGGAUCAGAAUGGGAGAUCACUGAGAAUUGAGAUGGAAGUUGAACUUCCUGGUCUUAGCUCUGUCUGUGACUGUGACCUUAGUGUUUCUAAGGAUGACUUAGUGAUUGAAGUCUUGGAGAAGUACCGAUUACAGGUAGAUCUUCCAGAAGUGGUUGAUACUGAGACAACUACAGCAAAAUUUGUCACAAGAAAGGCUACAUUAGUCAUCACCAUGCCAGUACUGCAGUAAUGUCUGUUAGGCUUUCGUUGUUCUACCAUGGAGCUCUUGUGAAA